AUGCUUCUAGUGAAAAGAUGCAGUGGAGUUGGCACCAUUGCUGAUCCCAAGCGCACCAGAACAACAACCGGUGGCCACUGCCAAUACAACAGUGAGAAGACAAGAUACACAAACAUCCCAGUUGGCACACCUAAUUUGAGAAAGCACUCCAAGAAAGUUUGUCACUAUGUGGGUCAAAGCUGCAAUGUUAAUGACCACACAUGGGUACCAAUGACCGGUGGUGACCCAAUCAUUCUUGAUGACUCUUUCAAUGACUUAGGAAAAGUCCCCCUUCCCAUUAUCCCUUGCCAUAGUCUUUACGUGGGCAAUGUCUCCACAAAGUGUUCUUUCAGAAAUGGCAGGGUCUCCAAGGCAAACCAUGAUAAAUUGGGUGAUGUUGGCGCCGUUAGGUGUGGUCUUGUCUGCACAGUUGUACCACUGUUGCCAAACAAGGUUGAAGUGGUCAUAUGCAGACAGCCGUUGGGCCUUUAUAGCUGGUCCACCAAGAUUGUUGAGCACGCCAGUCAUAUGCCAUUCUGGUACAUCUGGGGUACAAGUAUUCUUGCCUGCAAGCCGUUCCCAUUGCCAUACAAGUUUUUUCAUAGGGUCUUUUUUGGACCUUUUUGA